UCUCCAUAUCGCAAACGAGGAGGAAUCGGCCGGUUUAUCGAACAUGUGCAUACGAUCGCAGCACCGCGUGCGUGUGCCAAGCAAGUUCUAUAAGAGAUGAAUACGCGCGUAAUAAUGUUUCGAAAGAUAAUAAUAAUACAUCACACGGACGGUGUUCGCUCGUAAUGACGUGGCAAAUAUGACACGCGGUGUUGUACAUAUUAUGGAAUCGCCACUUACGUGCGAAUUACUGAAAGUUAAAACGCAUCCGCUUCCACGCGGUUUAGUAACUGUGCGGCCGUUGUUGAAUUCGUAUCGCAACUGCCGAGCAAUUCUCUUAUUCUGCUUCCGGUAGAUACCGUUCGAUAACUGCACACGCCAAGUGUGCGGGUAUUUUCUCUGAUCGCGCGUUUCGUCCGUCUCAUCUUCUUUCCGCGUGUGUGCUGUUGCAUCAAAAAAUUACCUUACACCUUGCAACGAAAUUGCGCUGCGUUUAGCUUCGCGGUCAUUCUUUCCUUAAUUUGAAAAUCGACUUGUCUUUACCCAGAAAUAACUAAUAAUCUUUGUUUUUGUCGUUUUCAUUAAAGAUAAAUGAUAAUAAUUAACGGCUUUUCAAAUGGAAUAAGCGGAACAACUGCGGGACGGCAUUCGGCGGCCAUCAACAUUAUCAGUGUUUUAAAUUGCCUGUAGAUAGUCUACGAAAUAAAUCCAACGACUGCACUGCGAAUUCCGAGAGUGGGGACAUUAUCUCGCUCGUGUAUGUACACUUGGCAGACACUUGGAAUCAAAGUUCACGUGGAAAAAGCACCGAGACGAAAAACGUUCAAGGUGAAUCAAGUCACGGGGUGUGAUGACGAGUCCGUCGUCGUGCAAUAUUCUUCUGUGUGAAAGUAUCGCUCUUACGGCCGCGGAACUGCUGAAUUUGUUGUUCGCUCCGUCGCGCAGCGAUAGCUCGCAACUCCGUGACGUGAACAAGACGCAUAACUGUUAUCGUCAGCAACGACGAGCGCGGCAUAUUCAUUAGCGGUCUCGGGUAAGGCAGUAAAAUGUACUUUAGAUGAACGAGCUACGGCGCUCCUCUCUUUCGCACUGCGCUCUGUAAUCUCGCGUCGAUAGGAGCGUGUACUCGGCGUCGACACGCGCGUAUCCGCGCGGCAAGAUACUCGUGGAGGAAGAGGAGGAGGAAUCUGUUGUCAUACGUCGCUCCUCAACGUCAACAAUAAUUCGAUAGUCGUGUUCCGGCCCUGCUGGAUGUGUCGGCGAAUGGAAUUCAAGUGAGAACCGCUCGAAAAUCGUAUCGAUAAUACGGAAACAAGUGAGAUCGGCACGCCGAUUCGAAAUGUGAUCUACGUCAUCUACGUCAUCGAAUUAUUAACCGAGAUCGUACGAUAAAUAUUCAGAGCAAUGGUGGGUUACGUGCGAUUCAUGUUCGCUAUAAUGCUCUGCAUUGCGAACAUGAUCAUCUACGGUCUGAAAGUGAACAUCGCGACCGCUAUCAUCGGUAUGGUGAAGAAGAAACCCGGUAUACCAGAUUGGUCGGACGAGUGUCCAGAAUUUGAGACUGAUGCUGAUAUCAUCACUGAUAUCGAUGGACCGUUCGAUUGGACGUCGAAAGAGCAAGGUCUGGUCGUUAGUAUAUACUUCGCUGGAUAUCUCGUUGGUAUGUUUCCGGCGGGCUACUGUGCGGACCGAUUCCACACGAAGACGGUAUUGCUAAUUUGCGUGUUGGGAAACGCGUUUUUAACAAUCUUGGUGCCAGUCACGGCGAGCUCGCUGGUCGCGCUGUACAUUGUGAGAUUUUUGACUGGCGUAGUGAGCGCGGCAAAUCUGCCGAUAGUGAACGUUCUUGUGGGAAAAUGGGUCGUCUACGAGGAGAAGAGUAUGUGGGUCGGCAUCAUAUACGCCGGCACGUCGCUCGGCACGGUGAUAUCUAUUCUCACCUCGGGAAUGAUAUUGGACUUUUUGGGCUGGGAGGCGAUCUUUUACAUUCACGGGAUACUACCGUUGAUUUGGUGCGUUGUUUUCUACAUAUUCUUCGAAGACUCGCCGGAGGAGCAGAAGUAUAUCUCAGAGGAUGAAAGAUCACUCGUCGUCAACUCGUACGGUCAUCGCGCGCCCGGCACCGCGAAGAUGAAGGUCCCAUGGAAAAGCAUCUUUACGUCGGUGCCGUUUUGGGCUCUGAUCGCUACCAAUACUUUGGGCAACUUCGGUUGGUACUUCCUGCUCACUCAGAUGCCGCUUUAUAUGAAUAAAAUAUUGCGGUUUGACAUUAAAGCGAAUGCUCUUAUUACUUGCACGCCGUACUUCGUGAAUGCCUUCACUAAUCCGAUGCUUGGAAAAAUAUUAGAUACUGGACGGAAAAGGGGACUUUGGACUCAGACCAUCGCCCGUAAAAUCGCGGUGUUCAUAAGUUCUAUACCUGCCAGCAUCUUUCUGCUCAUAAUCGCAUACAUUGGUUGCGCUCGCGUGACGUCUACCGUCCUGCUGACUCUCAGCAUAAUAGUCUGCGGUGCUAUAUUCGUCGGCCAUCUCACUAAUCAGAACGAUCUGGCCCCGAAUUACGCAGGAAUUCUCAUGGGCAUUACAAACACACCGGGCACGAUUUCUGCCUUUAUCCUGCCACCAAUAGUCGGCGCCCUCGUGGAGGAAGGACACACUAUGGGGCGCUGGAGAUACGUCUUUUGGAUCACCGUCAUUGCUCAAGUGCUCGCUUUUCUGAUAUUUUCGGUUUUCGGAUCCGCAAAAAUCCAAGAAUGGAAUUACCCGCCCAUGGAAGUUGAAAAUUGGGAUGCUGAGGAGCAACAACGGCCACGACAACAAGAAACUAAGACAUAAAUUAGGAGACUAUUUUCGCGUAAUGUCUAUCUGAAAACACGUUUUUUUUAGACGUGAAUUCAUUUGUAUGUUACGUAAACAAGAAGAUGCUAUCUCAGAGAGUUUGUCGUUCUCGUUACACGCGUGACGUCAUCAUGCCAUUGAGUAAUAAUCAUGUUAUUACGCGAUAUGAUACGUAUGAUCGCCGUAUUUUUGCAAAUUAUACACGUUUUACGUAUUUUU